UUUUCCCUGCAUGCAUCCUGCUCUCUCAACGGUAACCUCAUGAAAAUUCUGAAGUGAAUCCUCCCUCGGCUCUCUCUAUAUAUACAUCUCCUUCCAUAAGCCCAAUCUUCACCGUUCACCAACUUGUUCUCUCUCUCUCUCUCUCUCUCUCUCUCUCUCUCUCUCUGAGCUAUAGCUUUGAUUACCAGUCUCUAAUGGAGUCCACGAGAUUCGUCGCGUGGUUGUUCGUGGCCGUGGCAUUGCAGUUCGCAGCUUGUUCCGAAGCCUACGACUUCUAUGUGGGCGGCAAAGAUGGCUGGGUCCAAAAUCCUUCCGAGGGCUACAAUCAAUGGGCGGGGAGAAAUCGGUUCCAAGUCAACGACACCCUCUUUUUCAAGUACGAGAAAGGGAAGGACUCGGUCCUGGUGGUGACGAAGGACGACUACAAUUCGUGCGACACCAACAAACCUCUUGUCUCCCUCACCGACGGCGGCUCCAGGUUCAAGUUUGACCGCUCUGGCCCCUUCUUCUUCAUCAGCGGCAUUGCGGACAGGUGCAAUGCAGGCCAGAAGCUCAUCGUCGUGGUUCUGGCCAUCCGGCCAAAGGCUCAUGGCAGCCCCUCAACUCCAUCGCCGGUGCCACCCGUGGCCCAACCUCCAGCUUCGCCGCCACCUGGAUCGGAUACACCGGCGGGAGUGCCGCCGCAGCCGGCUGGUCCAAGCCCGUCGGAUGCGGAGGCUCCUGCGCCAGCCCCGUCACGUUCCUCGUCUUCGAAAGUGGGGUUUCCUUGGGCGGGUGGCGUGGGUCUUGUGAUCGCUCUUGGAGUUAGUUUGCUCAUUGGUGGCUAAUUAAAUUGGAUUUGGCUUGGUUUAAUUUAUUCUUUGGGCUGUUUAGCUAGAAAUUAGGGGUCCAAAGUCUGAGGAUUUUCGUUUUUAUGAACGUUGUUAUAUCACAUUCUUGACUAAUA